AUGGAGGUUGGCGGCGCGGCGACCGGUGGAUGGGUGGCGGUGGCGUGGUCGCCGGACGACAAGACGCGUGGCUCCGAUGCCGUGAUUGGCGGGCUGCCGGGCGGCGCGGUGAAGGCGUACGCCAUAGGCGAGUACAGUGAGGCGGAGGUGUGCCCCACCAGCCGAUUCUCCAUCAGCUCCGCCUCCUCUGCCAAUGGCGGCUCGCUCAUCAAUGGCCAGGCAGAUGUGGACUUCAGCUGCACGGGGUCAACUGGGGGCAGUACUGGGGGGGGCACGGGCGGCGGCACUGGGGACGGCACUGGGGGCGGCACUGGGGGCGGCACUAGGGGCGGCACUGGGGGUGGCACUGGGGGCGGCACUGGGGGUGGCACUUGGGGCGGCACUGGCGGCGGCACUGGCGGCGGCACUGGGGGCGGCACUAGGGGCGGCAUUAGGGGCGGCACUGGCGGCAGCACUGGCGGCGGCACUGGGGAUGUGACUGGCAGUGGUAAUGGGGGUGGAAGCAGAGGAGAUUAUGGUGGGGACUAUGGUGGUGGCAACGGUGGUGACUAUGGGGAUGGUGGUGAUUAUGGUGGUGACUAUGGGGGUGGAGAUGGUAAUGGGGAUGGGAAUGGUGGUGAUGGCGACUACGACUGA